AUGCUGGUGCCUCGGGCCCUGCAGGUCCGCGACACCGAAACCGCAGACCCCCGCCUCGCAGCCCUCAUGGCGCGCGCCCCCAAGGCCUCCAGGCCAGGCGGAAGCAGCGGCAGCAGCAACAGCAGCGGCAGCGGCGACGACGGGGACGCCGGCGCCGCCUGGCAGUUCAAAAUGGCCCUGCAGCUGAUCGCGUACCGCCUCGAGGGCGAGCGCGGCUCCCACCACCCCUACAUCCGCCACCUGCCCGGCGUUGCCCCCGGCGUGCCGCCGCCGCGCGUCGCGAUGCGGCUGCAGCCGGCCGCCCUCAUGGAGCUGCAGCACCCGCAGCUCGCGGCGGACGCCGGCGGGCAGGCGCACUUCUGCGCCGAGUUCGCCCGGGACGUGCUGGCGGCGCUGCCGGGGUCGCAGCACGACGACCCGUUUGGCGGCGAGGUCGUGACUGAGGAGCUGCUGGCUUGGGGCCUAUCACUGGCAAUGUCUCGGAGCUUCGGCUUCCGGCGGUCCCCUGGCCACGGAAUGGUGCCGCUCGUGGACAUGGCCAACCACUCGUUUGAGAGCAACGCUGAGAUCAGGGCGGACGAGAGCGGUGACGUCAGCAUGAUCGCCAACAAGAGGGUCGCCGCAGGGGAGCCGCUGCUGCUGCGCUACGGCACCCACUCCAACGCCGACCUCCUCCUCAGCUACGGCUUCAUCGUGCCAGACAACCCCUUCGACUCCUUCUCCUUCCCAUUUGAUGCGGACUUCGUUCUGGGUGCCGUGCAGCAGUUUGUGGGGACGACCUCGGUGACAGCGCGGCCCUCUGACGGCCUCAAGACCUGGCAGCGGUCGGUGCUGGCUGACAUGGGCCUGAUCGACCCACAGAGGCAGCAGCAGCAGCAGCAGCAGCAGCAGCAGCAGCAGCAGCAGCAGCAGGGCGCAGACGGCGCGCCCGCGAGCCCCCCGGUGGUGUCUGUCGGCGGGGACCCCCCCGUGCAGGGGGCGCUGCUGGCCGCAUGCCGCGUCAUGCUGUCAGAG